AUGUCCUCGGCUGCCAACAUAGACGGCAAUGCCAAGCCAAAACUGAGCAGAGCCAAAAGAUGGACCGCGGAGGUGGAAAACCUGUACAGAUUCCAGCAGGCCGGCUACAGAGACCAGCAGGAGUACAGCCAAGUUAAACAAGGCAUCCUGUGCAUACCUUCACCUCUCCAGGCUCUCCUCAACCUGCACCCUACUCUUGCUACAGAUCACAAUGUCAUCCGCGAACAUCAUCGUCCAUGGAGACUCCUGCCUGAUCUUGUCUGUCAACCUGUCCAUCACCAUUGCAAACAAGAAAGGGCUCAGAGCUGAUCCUUGAUGUAAUCCCACCUCCACCUUGAACCCAUCUGUCAUUCCAACCACACACCUCACCAUUGUCACACUUCCCUCAUACAUAUCCUGCCCCACUCCUACAUACUUCUCUGCAACUUCAAUUAUUAUACACACACUGACCCCUAAAACACAACACAAAAACACAAAUGUGGACUUCUGCUGAUGAAUUCCUAUAAUAAGCAUGACACAUUCAUUUGUAAUUUGUGAUAUUGGGUUAUACAAAUAGAAUUGACUUGACUUGACCUUUUCUCACACAAAACCAGAAAUUUUUAACUUCAUAUUUCAGCCUGGUUUC